CGGAUAAUUUGCGGACACGUAUAACGCUUCGAUUCAGUAUUUACUUUGGAUUCACUUUCAUUUACUUAGAGAAGUUCAACUAAAUAACACUUCAUUUUUGUAAUCGAAAUGAAUUCAUUACUGUUGUGAAAUGAAAUAAAAUUUUUCCUUUUCAAAUAUAAAACAAAAAAAAAUUUUCUUCAUCUUUUAAUCACCAAAUGAAAUGUUACAUAAAACGAAGCCAUUUGGUGGCGAAACGGAGUUCGCCGGGUUUGCUAGUUAUAUAUUAUAAAUACAAAACUCGGACACUAAUUUUAACAUAGAAUUCUUUAAAAUAAUGACAAGUGUGAUAAACAUACGCAAAUUGUGUUUUCAACGAAAUUUGACUCGAACCACACGUACUUUUCACACCCACCGCUAUAAUUCGCUGAUAGAUCAACUACGUAGACUAUAAAAUCAUUAAAUUUUCAGAGAAAAAUGUUAAACUAUAUAAUGAAACUGUUCCGAUAAAAGCGAAAGCCUAGAACAAAUACUAAACCCCGGCUUUGGACCUUAUUUUCGACAAAGAAUUUGAUUUAAAUACUGCAAAUAUUAUUAAAAUUAUUUAAACAGUUAAUACUUUAAAGUUUACUAUUCGCUUUGUGAACUUUGGUUCGCGCCAUCCACAAAAGCUGGCAGCACCGUGGUUACAUUGCCGUUCCAUUAGCCACAUUUCUCAGAAAUACCAACUGGUUUACGAAUAAAAUGAUCUGGCCUGGUUUAUAAACUACUUAAGAGACAACGUCGCAACAGCGCAAAACGCAACCAACGCAAGAAUGUCACAGUCGUUUAUAAAGCAAGAAGGUCGAAAACAAUUGAAAUAACUUGAAAAAUGCUAUUUCCAAGGCUUCCUUUGAUAAUUUACGUACAUCGUGAAAACAAGUAACCAUUCUCAAUAAUUUGGUUUAAAAGUGCCACUUUUUUCACAGAGCGAAAGUUUUACACGUGAAAACGUGAUUUCUAUAAACAAAAAUAUCAUUGUUGCCUUCAAUGCACAUAAUGUCUGCGUGUUUAUAAGUUUUCGGAACACUCCACUUGAAAUAUGGAAGGAGGAAACGUAAGCCAAAACGCAAAAAGUUGAAAGUUGGCCGAUGCUUGCGUUGCGGUUUUUGCGUCGUGCGCAGUUCAUAAACGAGUACUUAAAAACGUUGUCGUUGAACCUUUUUUGCGUCUUGCGUUUGUUGUGUAGUUCAUAAGCCGAAGAAGCGCGCGCUGUUUGGCCGGUCAGCCGCCUGGGCGCUGGCCCGCAGGCACCCGCGGAGGGAGGGUCUGAUUGGUCGCCGGGUCGGCGCACGCGCAGAGGCGUCGGGCGACGGCGGAAGACGCCAGUCGCCGCGGUGCCGAGCGUCCCUACGCCUACCCGGCGGAGGAGCAGGCAGCCCGCAUCGCGCGCGCGCUCGGCGGGACGGCAUCCUUGCAGGGGCUCGCGCAGGAGACACACAGGCUGCUCCGAGGUCCGCGGCGCGCCGAUGCCACGGGGCUUCCCUCUGUGACGCGGGGCCCGACCAUGUGGAGUCCCCUGGUCGCCAUGGCGACGCUGCUGUGCGGGCUGGGCGCCGCCUACCCCGCCAGGCGCGACGGCCACGGCAGAGAGUGGACCGGGACGGGCUGUCCUCCCCCGGACAUGGCGCUGAACGGCUCCAUGGCGCCCUACUCCGCGAACGAGCGCCACCUGGCCGACUACUCGCAGGUCUCAGAGGUCAAGUUCGUGGGCCAGGUCGGGCCCUUGGAGGAGCGGAGGAUGUGCAAGAUCAAGUGCAUCGGCGGCGAGUGGGUCGGCCCGCUGUGUCACAAGUCAGGGGGAGGGGGUCACCAGCGCCCGGCCCGGCGGUGUAGGCUGCAGCGCAGUCCUCCGCACGUGAUCCUCACCUACAGGAACACGACUGUGCAGACGGACUACCCCGUGUUCCCGCACGGCGCCGUGGUGACGGCGCGCUGCCGAGAGCUGGGGGUGUACAAGCUGCUGGGAGACUCGUCGGUCACGUGUCUGAACGCCGCGUGGUCCCGCCGCCUGCCCGCCUGCAUCCCCACCACGCUGCUCACCAACUUCACAGAGGACUCGCCGCCCGGCAUCCUGGUUCGAAUACCCUCCGGGUCUGCAUCGGUGGAGCCUUCCGGAGUGCUGGCCGUGUACCCGGGCUCCAUACUGCACCUGGAGUGCCUGUACUCGAGGAAGCUGGGCAGCCCCGAGUGGACCUGGACCUCCGCCUUCAGGCAGUACCUCACAGGCUGGGCGAUAGCAGCGGAGGAGCGGGAGUGGAAGUACCGACUGUCCAUCUACUACAGCAAGCCGCAGGACUCGGGCGUGUACACGUGUUCCUCUCCCCGAGGCCUCAACAACAGCAUCAUCGUCCAUGUCACAGCCGUCCACUGCGAGCCCUUGGAGCCCGAUGACCCCCGGCUGACCUCCAGGGUGGAGGGCACGCGCCUGGGUCAGCUGGCGACCUUCCAGUGCCCCGCCGGGCACCGCCUGCGCGGCGCAGCCAGCAUCACCUGCCAGGCCUCGGGUCAAUGGUCGGGACCGACACCAUCAUGCACACCCAUCAUCUGCCCCAGCCUGCAGCUGGAAGACCCACACCUCAGUCUGGUGGAGCACAACACCAGCUACGGAGGACGAGCCGUGUUCCGCUGCUCCUGGGGCUACAGGCUGACCGGGCCUCCAGGCCUGGAGUGUGAGCUGGACGGCACAUGGUCAGGCCCCAUACCAUCCUGUGAAGUGGCUAUACAUGUGUUCCACUGCUGCUGGGGCUACAGGCUGACCGGGCCUCCAGGCCUGGAGUGUGAGCUGGACGGCACAUGGUCAGGCCCCAUACCAUCCUGUGAAGCCGUGCUGUGCCCGCCGCCGCCACCCCCGGUGAACGGCCGCCUCCUGGACGAGGGUGGCGACUACCGGGUGGGCGCCGCGCUGCAGUUCUCCUGCCUGGACCGCCACCAGCUGGUGGGCGAGGCCACCAUCGUCUGCACCGAGACCGGCCUCUGGUCGCACCCGCCGCCCUUCUGCCGGCCGCGGUGCGUGUACCCUGGCGACCCGUUGCACGGAAGGAUCGCCCCAGUGAAGUUCUUCUACGAGCCGGGCGACCACCUGAAGGUGACGUGCAGUGCCGGCUACGUGGAGCGGCUGGAGGCGAGACCGGUCUGCCGCGGCGACGGCACCUGGUCCGAGGAGGUGCCCGAGUGCCGCAGCUACCGCGACGUCUGAGGCCGGCGGACCCUCCACUCCCCGAAGGACUAGAAGCCAACACCGACCUCCCCGAAGAACACAUCUCACGACCCCGGGAGGAGGUGACGACGACUUGACUAUGCGUAUACGCUUGCGGAUUCCAACGCACAGUGUGUCUGGAGGACACCGGACCAUAUAUGUGACAAACCUCCACCGAAGAAGUACCGAAUCGAGACGGGUCACUCGCCUGCGGUCAGUUACCUGGCGACGGUUGCCCGAACACGGAGGUCUUCGAGUGUCCGUGGAGUUUUCCUGUUAUUUGUUGUUGUAAGCGUGCUCCAGCCGAUCCGGACGUCUCGGAUCUGACCUCUGACAGUUGUUCCCGCCAACACCUGCAUUCAAAAUUCUAAUUAAGACUCUGAUUUACUUGCCCUGUUUGGGUCAUCGUAUUUAAAUACAUUUUUUUUUAAAAACAAAGACAAUAUCUAUAAAUGUUCCACUUUACACUUAAUUAACUUUGCAUUUUGGGUCUGCAGAAAAUUGUGGUCGCCAUUUUACCUGUUUUUUUGUAAAUAUCUGCAAAAUUCGCGUUAUCAUUUAGAGACGGUCUAAAAUUGAUACCAUCAUGCAUUUUGAUGUCCUACCGCCUACCACAUGAGGGUGUUGAUGGUUUGGAUGGUAUGCCGGGACGCGAACUGGUGUAAUGCAGGUUACAGUAAAUUUAUUGAUUCUUAACACAAACAAAUAUAAUUUUUAUCAAGGUUUUUUUUAGUUAUAAUUACUGGUUUUUAUGAACUCAAAAGUAAAGUUUUAUGUCAGUAUUUUUAUGAACUGUAAACAUGAGAUUAUUUGGUACACGGUUUUGGAUUAACAGUAUGUUACCUUCGUCUUGAAAUUAUUUGUUUUUAGUAUGUAAUUCAUUAAAUCAAUAAAAACGAGGUUUUCCCUAGACCGCAGAAACCUGAGUUUCUCAGGGUGUUGGUUUAAGAGCGCUGUUGGAAUAACAACAGUAGCAGAAGGACACGUACACACCAUCGGUACUACUUUCGAGAAAUGCCAAAACUGAGACGUGUUGAGAAAGCAGGUGUCCCACGCGGUGCGAUUAAUUCAUGUUCUUGUGUGAAAACGGACUGCGUGAUCGUUGACUAACUUUCGUAUUGAAACAUGUGUUUCAAACACAGCACAGAGCAGGUUUGCGCCAGGCAGUUCGCGGAAGUGUUCGGACCAACUGGCACGCACUCGCGAACAUGCUGACAUUUGCCUGCCCUGCGUUCGCUUCGGAUCGACCGUGCGGCGAAGGUCGAGCAACAAACAAGUCGGUGUGUUCACCAGAGUUUCGCUGAAGAAACAGUCUCAUUACACUACUGCCAGUCAAAUAAAACUAUCAAUGACUUUUUAAUAUGUAGAUGUGGAUGGAAGAUAGAGUAGUUUUGUUAAUUAAGAUGGUAGGAAAGGUCGCAACGUGCAUGCAUGACGAGAAUAUAAAAACAAUAAUGGAAGAUGAACGACUUCACAGAAUUCGAUGGGGUUGGUUUUGUCGGCUAGAUAUUUUCAUUCAUUCAUUAAUGUACAAUACAGUGUAUAGUU